CUGCUUGCUCCGACUUAACUGUUACAAUUCAAAUCGAAAAAAAACACAUAUGCCAAAAUGCCGCCAAAAAAGGGCAAGAAGGGCAAGGAAGCAGAGCCCAAGAAAAUAGGCCCCCAGCCGCCGAAUGUAUUCCUCUACAUCCAACUGGCCGGUAUCAGUCGCCUGCCGACGACGAGACACCCACUGGAGAUCCACAUCAGCCAGGGCGGCAGCCUGAUAGUGAAAUGCACAGAGCACUAUAACACGGACGGCAUUAUCCCGCAAUGGGAAUUCGAUACGAGACCCACCUUCACGCUAAUCUUCCAGCAGGACAAUGUGGACCGGAUUAACCAUGCCGCGGAUAAUCCACUGCUAGUCGAGCUCUUCAUGCGGGUAACUCCAUUUAGGUCGAUUUUUGGUGUUGAUGGUGCCUACGGGGAGGAGGAGGGUGAGGAGGAGGAAGAUGGCGACAAAAUAGGUAUUAGUUCCAAUUCAAGUACCCCAGUGGAGGUAAUCAUCAAGAAUAUUGACCGGCAUCACAACUCGGUUCCGGAACAGUUUACGUCCAGGGUGACGGUCAAGAUGGUCCUGCUCUGCGUGGGCUACCUGGAUGUGAUCAAGCUUUUUGGCCACUCGCGCAGCAUGGUCCGGGAGCAGCUCUACCUCUAUCCGAUGCCCGAUGUGGAGGAGUCUCUGCGCAGCACUGUCCACACGGAAUGGCACCUAUACACCCUGCUGCCCAUCGCCAAGCAACUGACCUUCACCAACAUGUCCUUUGUGACGUUCGAGAGCAUCUAUAACCUGAGGGAGGAGUACAUCCUGGACGCGUCCAGCAUGCGGGUGGUGAUUAGCUUCCGCUCCAGGAUACCCGGCGAUCGCAAUGACAUGAAUGUCCCACUUUGUGACUUCGAAUACUUGGAGCGGUUGUGCAUCGCCCAGCAGCCGCUACAUCAUGUUUUCGAGUCCUUUCGUCGCGCCGUCCAGCCGUCGAACGUCACUGGUCUGAAGUCCACCAUGGAGGUGGAGACGUACCGUCUGUUCGAUGAACUUCUCUGCACCGAUGGCAUGACUGUGGAUUUCUCGGACAUUGACCAGGGUGGGGACGAUGCCUUGGUGUGCAACUCCUUCCACCGCUUCAUCCUCACCCAGAAAAUGGCCGACAUCCUGUCGUAUGCCAUCACCUGCCAGCAGUAUGUCCUGGCCGUGGAGGUCUUCCAAACUAUAGGCUACACCAAGCCCCAGAAGGUAUUCCAGGGUAUUUUGGAUCCAUCCAUAAUGGCCUAUCCGGGAGUGCAAAACAUGAGAUUCGCCGUCCAGCUGGACUAUAUGGGAAAGUUGAGGCCGCCACCGAAAAGGCAAGGAACGGUGAGCAUCGCCAGCAGCCAGAGGACCGAAAACAAUGUCAGCCGACCGCCGACAUUCGCCAUCAUCAAGCUGUGUCUCCUGGCGCCCAUUGGGGAGAUCUACAAGGAGCUGCAGGUGUUCCGCGACAGCUUCAUCCGGCAAAAUCGUCUCCUGUUCUGCGAUCAUCCUUUAGUCCCGCAAGUCGGUAUACCCCUGGAGGAGAUCCAAGCGGAUUCGUUUGCCCGCUUCGAUAAGUUCAUCCGGGACUGCAUUAUUUUCAUCAUUCAGAAGCGCGUCAAUAAGAUCGAGGAUCGAAAACAGCACUUUUGUUGUGCUGUCCAGAACCUGGCCAAUAUCCUGAUGAAAGUGAUUGGCAGUGUCUACAACACCCGCACUCCCACCUCCACGAAUGUCGACUUCUCGAAUCUCUGCGCCGUGGCCUACAACGAUCUGGAGCCGCGGGUGCACGCACUGGUGGAGCAGGCGGAGAACGAUGGCUUCGAGACGUUCGGAGGUGGUCGGGCGGAGCAGUCGGAUCGUAUCAUGGACUACCUGAACACCAUUAAGUUGCUCCGAGCAGUAGGCGAUACUCGGACGGCGGCUCUUUUCCUCGACAAGGCUAAAACCGAAAAUCCGAGCGAUGAACGCUUCAACUUCUAUAUGCUUAUCUUGCACAUGGAGUUCGGGAAUUAUGACUUGGCCAAGGAAUACUACGGACAGAGUCACCUGGCCAACCAUUACGAGUACUAUACGAACUGGAUUAAGUUGUAUCUCAACUACUACGACUCACGUGCCAAUCCGGAAACCGAAGCCGACUGCACGGAGUGUCUUUUGCGGAGCAUUACGAGUUUUGCGGAGCGGAAUCUCCGACAGCCGGAUGCCUGGAUCUUGCUCUACUGCUACUACAAGCUGUUUAGGUACGAGCCAGGAUGUGCCUAUGCCCGUUGGCGAUUCGAGGACAAUCAGGGACACAAUCGACCCACUUCCCCAACGGCUCCGCACAGCCUGUGGGGCCUGUUCCUUGCCAUCAACCCGAAUAUCCCCUCGAAACGGGGCCAACUCUUCUUCGAGGUCUUCAAGAUGUUCGUUCGGUUGGGGCUGUACGAGUUUGCUCAGGUUGUGUUUGGAGCCAUCGAGAAUAUCUGUGCCGAGUCCGACAGGUACAUGGUCAAGACUCAGCUGGCCAUUUUUCUCAACCAACUGGACUAUGACUUUGAGCUGUCAUCCUAUGACUUUGGCGAGGGACUCGAGGCGGAUAGGGCUGCCGCCAUGAAUGCCCAGGUCAAUGGCAAUGUGGAGUACUAUCGUGGUAGAAAACAGGAGGCCGCCCUUUACUACCAGGUGUGCCUCACACUGCCGCCAUUUGAGGAGAAUGAGCGCGACCCCUUCGAGCUCGGCAAACUGCGGCUGGGAUACAUCUCCUACGAAAUGGGUGACAACUACAAGUGCAUCGAGGCUCUGAACAAUCCCUUCUCGGGCAAAAUGACCACCCUCGUGGCGGAUUACCUGAUGGGCAAGUCCUACUACAAAAGGGACCAUCUGGAGGUGGCUCUGCAUUGCUUUGCAAAGUGCACCACGGCGGAGACCCAUGUGCCGAAUGUCUGGGGGUUCCUAGCUUUACUUAACCUGAGAAUGGGGCAGAACUACAAGGCCAUAGAGUGCUGGAAGUAUGCCAAGAUAGAACCGGAUCGCAGCAUUGAUGAUGAAAUGAUCUUUACGGAGUUGGAUGCCAUCAACGUGGACACCAUCGAUUUGUUUAUUGACGUUCCCUGUCAGUCGGCGGAGGAUUUUGUCGAGGAGGCGGGAAGCAUCAAUUGAUUGUGUAUAUUUUUUUGUGUGUGUGUUUCUCGAGUGCGGUGAUUGCGAACCAAUAAAAUCCAACAUUCCGUGUGGCUUAAA